AUGGUUGAAAAUGUAAAGGAGCAGCAAACUGUAGCGUUAAAAGAUGCACCUGUGUUUAGUGUGGCUCUUGAUGAGGGUGUGGAUGUGAAUGACAUUCCACGUCUGGCAGUUGUUGGAAGAUACUGUGACUCAGAGCAGGUCAGUCCCAUGUUGACCCACAGAAGGAGCGACCUUACUGAUCACAGUCUCCACCCUCAGAACCCCCCCCACGUGGACCCCGUCACAGCCCAUCCAGGCGUCACCCUGGAGACCAGCUGCUCCCCUGAGGGGCCAGCGGAGGGAGAGUGCUGUAGGAGCUGCACCCCUCCGUCUGCACCCGCUCCUCGGCCCCCUAUGCCCACUAUGGGAGUGACCACCUUGGAAGGUGUGGAGGUCUGCCAGGAUGGGGAGGACUUCUGCCUGACUACAGAAGGAGGGAUGGAGGCGCUUGGUGCCCAGGAGUCAUCGAUGGGCGAGAUGUCACCGCAGAGGAAUAAUGAGAACAGGUUACCUUUCCAGAUCUUCCCAGAACCAGUGGAGGUGUCUCUGAGUCCAGAGGGCUCUCCCAAUCACCUGCAGCAGUUCAGUCCCUCAGAGAAGGAGCGGCUUCCCUCCAUCAUGGUGGAGCCCACGGACAUGAGCGAAGUGGAGAGUGGCGAGUUACGGUGGCCCCCGGAAGACAUGGAAUUCUGUUCUGAGGAGGAUGAUCUGUUCCUGGAGCAGUGUAUCCCCCCGGCCAACAUUGCAGACUGGGGAGAGGAGGAGGAAGAGACGUCUGUUGUCAUCAACCACCAGCAGAACACAUCCCUCAUUGACCUCCAGUCAGAUGCGUUCAGGGAUGAAACACCUAUUCUACCACCUAGCAGCUCACCUGCCCUGAACUGA